AUGGCGAAGCGAGUAGGCUUGCCAAAAUCCACUGUUCACCACGACAUCUCAGCUCCAGUUAACGCUUUUUUUAAACACCAAAAGCGAGCAAAUGUCAAUACCUAUCUGUUGCUUAACCCCCCCCCCACUCCACCCCUGGCAGCAUCCCGUGUACUUAAAAAAGACCCGUGCAUACUUCCCGUGCUGUGUGAGGGGCUAGAGGGAAAGGAGGCAAAAAGUGGCAAUUCCGUCCAUGAGAUGUGGACACGUCUUCCGUUCUCCGAAAACAUCGCCGCACCGCUACAUGUGGUUACCAGGACUGGCGUACUUUCCAGGAAGGGACACAAGAAGGAGGUGGUUGCUGAGCUGGCUUAUGACCAACUCACUGGCCUACCGCGUCCGUCGCUUCUGUCACUCUCGACACAACGCUGCUCAAAGAUGUUUUGUCAGUGA